AUGAACCGAUUGCGAGGGUUUCCUGUCUCAGAUGAGGAUAUGCUUCGCCUGGGAGAACAGUACCAAAGACGACUCCGCGCCAAGUGGGAUGAAGGAUAUAUCAACUCCCGUACUGUUAAACAAUCAUUUGAAUUUGAACUGGCCCGCCAGAAUUAUGACACUGACGCGAGAGAGCUAUCUCUGAGCACGGCUCUCAACUCCAUGAAGAUCGAUAAGCAACUCGAAUCCACAGACUCCACUGCCGUUGACCCUAGUGUUUAUACCGGCAAGAUAGACAAAGCCUGA